AUGCCUCUUGCUCCAAGAUUUUUUAAGUCCCACACCAUCUACCCUUCGAGAUCACCAUCUGUGGUCACGGUCGAGCUUUAUCUUGACUACUGUUGCCCUUUCAGCAGCAAGUUAUUUUUGAAUUGGUAUGAUAGCGUAAUUCCAGAAAUCCAAAAACAAUUAGGUGCUGAUAGCUUCCAGUUUCAAUUGAUUCAGGUACCUCAGCCUUGGCAUGCGUCGUCAUGCUAUAUGCACGAAGCAGGUCUUGCGGUGGCGCGUCUGUCGCCUGACAACAUGAUCGAAUUCUCCCGCAGGCUUUUCGAAGGGCAGACCAAAUGGUUCGACGAACCCACUUUUGAGAAAAGCAGGAGUCAAAUUGGUCAGGGAUUGGCGCAAUUUGCCGAAAAACAUGCAGGUGUACCCGCUUCACAAAUCUAUGAUUUGAUAGAGAUCAAAAACAGCGGCGGAGAAGCGAAAAAUGGCGGAAAUGCUGUCACCAACGAUCUAAAGUAUUUUGUACGGUACCAGCGCCAGAACGGUGUACACGUCACUCCUUCUGUUGCUGUAAAUGGUGUUAUUCUACCAGCCAUUGAGAGCAGCACUUCUGCAGAGGAUGUUGUGAAAAUCCUCAGGAUGCAGAUGUGA